GCCAUGGCGGCGCGGUCACGUGGGGCGCGGCCCGCCCCGCCCGCGGCAUGGCGGCGCCGUGAGGCGGCUGCGGCCCGGGGCUGAGCGCGGCGGGGGGAUGCGCGCUGCGCCGCGCCGCCAUGCAGCGGGUGGGCGGCCCCGGGCCGGCGGGCAGCGCCAAGGAGAAGCGCUCCUUCAGCAAGCGGCUGUUCCGCGGCCGGGCGGCGGCGGGCGGCGGCGGCGCGGCCCCGGCCGCGGCCCCUGCCCCGGCCCCGUCCCCGGCCGCGGCGCCCGCCUCCGCCGCCCCGGCCGCGGCCCCGGGGCGCUCGCUGGGCGGCUUCAUGAGCCGGGUGCUGAAGACCCUCUCCACGCUGUCGCACUACGGCGGCGAGCCCGAGCCCCGCGGCCCGCAGGCCCCGCGCCCGGCCCCGCCGCGGGCGGCCGGCGGCCUGGGCAGCUGCCUCCCGCCGGGGCCCCCCCGCAGCCCCGAGCCGCCCCCGCCGCCCGCCGCCGGCCCCGAGGCGGUGCCCGGCGUGGCGGGGCUGCGCAACCACGGCAACACCUGCUUCAUGAACGCCGUGCUGCAGUGCCUCAGCAACACCGAGCUGUUCGCAGAGUUCCUGGCGCUCGAGCAGUUCCGCGGCCCCGCCGAGCCCGGCGAGGUGACGGAGCAGCUGGCGCAGCUGGUGCGGGCGCUCUGGACGCUGGAGUACACCCCGCAGCACAGCCGCGACUUCAAGAACAUCGUGUCCAAGAACGCCAUGCAGUACCGUGGGAAUGCCCAGCACGAUGCGCAGGAGUUCCUGCUCUGGCUGCUCGACAGAGUCCACGAAGAUCUGAACAACGCGGUGAAGUACGGUGGCGUGCCGCCCCUCAAGCCACCGCUGGAGGAUGAUGUGCUGCUUGAGGGACCAGCCUUUCCCAUCAGUAGUACUUUCGUGCAGGAACUCUUUCAAGCCCAGUACAGGUCCUCUCUGACGUGCCCUCAUUGCCAGAAGCAGAGCAACACCUUUGACCCUUUUCUCUGCAUCUCUCUGCCAAUUCCCUUGCCUCACACACGGCCGCUCUACAUCACCGUGGUGUACCAGGGCAAGUGCUCCCACUGCAUGCGCAUCGGCGUGGCUGUGCCCAUCGCCGGGACCGUGGCCAGGCUGCGCGAGGCGGUGUCGUCGGAGACCAAGAUCCCCACGGAGCAGAUCGUGCUGACGGAGAUGUACUACGACGGGUUUCAUCGCUCCUUCUGCGACACUGAUGAUCUGGACACGAUUCACGAAAGUGACUGCAUUUUUGCCUUUGAGACCCCGGAGAUAUUUAGGCCCGAGGGUAUCCUUAGUCAGAGAGGAUUACAUGUGAACAAUAACCUGAAUAACUUGAAAUAUGGCACUGAGCACUCCCGAACAAUAUCCUACUCUCAAGGAACAGUGAAGUCUGGAAAACUGGAACAGCCUCCUACUAGACAAACAGCAAACGACAAGAUUGUCUUGCUGGUGUGUAACAGAGCGUGCACUGGACAGCAGAGCAAAAGGUUUGGCUUGCCCUUUGUGUUGCACCUGGAAAAAACAAUUGCUUGGGAUAUUCUGCAGAAGGAAAUUCUGGAGAAGAUGCAGUAUUUCCUGCGGCCUGCAGCCUGCUUGCAGGUUUGCCCGUUCAGCUUGCGAGUGGUCAGUGUUGUGGGCAUAACGUACCUGCUACCUCAGGAGGAGCGGCCCCUCUGCCACCCAACAGUGGAAAGGGCAUUGAAGUCGUGUGGACAGGGGGGAACUGCUCACGUGAAGUUAGUCGUAGAAUGGGACAAAGAAACUAAAGAUUACUUGUUCGUGAACACGGAGGAUGAGUAUAUUCCAGACUCUGAAAGCGUCCGCCAGCAGAGAGAGCUUCAUCACCAACCUCAGACCUGCACUUUAUCUCAGUGUUUCCAACUGUACACCAAAGAGGAACAGCUUGCCCCAGAUGAUGCAUGGCGAUGCCCACACUGCAAGCAGCUGCAGCAGGGCAGCAUCACACUGAGCCUCUGGACCUUACCUGAUGUUCUCAUCAUACAUCUCAAAAGGUUUAGGCAGGAAGGAGACCGAAGGAUGAAACUCCAAAACAUGGUGAAAUUCCCCCUGAGUGGCUUGGACAUGACUCCUCACGUUGUAAAGCGCAGUCAGAGCAGCUGGAGCCUGCCGUCUCACUGGUCACCCUGGAGGAGACCUUACGGCCUUGGAAGGGAUCCUGAGGACUACAUCUACGACCUGUACGCAGUCUGCAAUCAUCAUGGCACCAUGCAAGGGGGACACUAUACAGCAUAUUGCAAAAACUCGGUUGAUGGCCAGUGGUACUGCUUUGAUGACAGCGAUGUUCAGCAGCUUUCUGAAAAUGAAGUCUGCAAGCAGACAGCAUAUAUUCUUUUCUACCAGAGACGCACAGCAAUCCCAUCGUGGUCUGCUAACAGCUCUGUGGCAGGCUCCACGAGCUCCUCGCUCUGCGAGCACUGGGUCAGCCGCCUUCCUGGUAGCAAGCAGCCCAGCAUCGCUUCAGCAGCAUCGUCACGGCGCACGUCUCUGGCUUCGCUCUCUGAAUCAGUGGAGCUGACCGGGGAGAGGAGUGAAGAUGAUGGAGGAUUUUCAACUCGGCCCUUUGUGAGAAGUGUCCAGCGUCAGAGCUUGUCGUCUCGAUCCUCUGUCACCAGCCCACUGGCAGUGAGUGAGAACGGCGUCAGGCCCUCGUGGUCGCUCUCUGCAAAGCUGCAGUUUCGCUCCAACUCCCCGUCACGCUUCUCUGGAGAUUCCCCAGUACACACCUCUGCUUCCACCCUGGAGAAGAUCGGGGAGGCUGCUGAUGAUAAAGUCUCCACCUCUUGCUUUGGCAGCUUGAGGAACCUUUCUAGCAGCUACUUGGAACCCUGCGAUGGCAGCCGCCGAGAGCACAGGACGGCUCGCAGAGCCCCCCUGGCUGUCAUGGAAGGGGCGUUCAGGGAAGAGUCUGUUGUAAGGACAUCUAGCUCAGACCUUUCGGAUGGGCUUGGCAAAAGCUCUGUGCAGCCAGACAAGAAUCACCCUGCUUUGGACCCUUUUGAUAACAACAAUCAAAUUGCCUUUGUUGAUCAGAGUGAUUCUGUGGAUAGCUCUCCGGUCAAGGAGGUGAAAGCCCCCAGUGGGACGGGACUGGCUCCAGAGAAGGCAGAGGGAACCCCUAAGAAGGCUCACAGCUCCAAGGGAGCUUCCGAAACAGACAAAAGCUUGAGGAAGGGAAGGACAGUCUUAUCUACCCACGAGACCAAAGUCUCUCGCUCUUCUCCUCCUCCCCAAAAGGGUUCCCAGAAGGUUUCCCGGUCUAGGAGUAAGACUGACUCCUCCAGGGCCAGUGGGCGACAUGGGUCUCCUGCUCCCACUCAGGCUAGGAAGGACCACAGCACCAAGCCCGUUGAGGUGGCUGUCCCAGCAGCUCAGCAGAAGCAAAAGUCAGGUUCUUCUCCCUCUUCCACAGCUGCCAAGAAAGCCACAUCAGGCUCAUUGACUAAGGGCUCUUCUGCUGGGAAGAGCCGGACUUCAGACCGAAGCCUCAGCAGGGAGGGCUCUAAGAUAAGCCUGGGCUCGGACAAAACGAGCGUUACCAGCAGCUCAAGAACGAGCUCCCCGCGGAUAAGCCACUCCAGGAGUGACAGCAGGGCAGUGGACAGCAAGCACGUGAGGAGCUCCUCCAUGGCCAACCUGCGGUCUCCCAAUGUCGGUAUGCGCUCUGGGCUGAAGAGGGACAGCAAGUCAGAGGAGAAGGGGUUGUCCUUCUUCAAGUCGGCCUUACGGCAGAAGGAGACCCGGAGGUCAGCAGACCUGGGAAAGACCACAAUGCUCUCCAAAAAGGCAGCGGGUGGCAGUUCCAAGUCAGUCAGCAAAAACGUGCUGGAGGACAAGUCUGAGAAAGGUGGUGUCCCACCAGCCUCUCAAACCAAUGCCAAUGUUACUGCAAAAGAAAAGCUCGUCCCAAAAGAUGCCGCACCCAACAAACACUCGCUGCUCUCCAGUCGCAAGUCCAAGUCUUCCCAGCUAGAUCCCGGAGCCCAGUCUCCUCCUUCCAGUGGCAAGCAGUCCGCUGACAAGCCGCUGAAGAAGUUACCUUCCAGCAUGCAGGUGUCCGUACGGCCUUCUCUGGAACCUCAGUGAAAUGCUGCAAUCCAGGUGUCUUUUCUGCUGAGAAGCUAAUUUAUUCUGAGCUCUUGUUUUUUGUUCAUGUGCCUAAUGUAUGUUUUGAGGAGAAGUUAACUGCGAGUUGUUAAAGCGCCUUUUGAUUCUGCCAUCAAACCAAAUAGCCACAGGCAGGCAGCACCGAUGCAAGUAGUCUAUCUGGAGUCGUUGUUGAACCCGAACGCAGCUGUCCCAUAGCACUUGUGCAGGAGUCUCUUCGUAGAAAAUGCAACAACUUCCUUCAGACUCAAGGUCUGAAAUGGGAAACCCAGUUGUACUGACACUGGUGUGCUUCGUAGAGCUGUGAGCUGGUGUUCCUUUGGUCUCGUUCUGAGCAGGCUGUGUCUGCACUGGCCUUGUUCUGCGCUGUGGAGGAUGCAAAGGAAGCUGGACAGGAGAGCCUCCCGCUGCUUACGCGCUCUCUCGACCCGCUCUCCCUACUCCCUUCCAUUUUCUAGCUUUCUUAAGGGCAAUAUCUCAACACUAAUGUUGUUUCUCAGGUAUAUACUCAGCCAGUAUAGGAGGGACUAGCAUUAGUGGAUGGACAGAAAGGUACCCGUGUGUCUGUGCGUACGCGUGUCUUUGUAAUAGAUCUCACAUUUGCAUUCCGACAGCGGAAAGAUUUUUCCAUAAAAUGUUAUCUGUGUUUUUUGUUGCUCUGUCUGUGAAGAGUUUUACUGUCCACACCUGAGGCGACCUCUAGCCUGUUCUCUUUAAUUGCUUUCUCUCUUCUGAAGCACUAUACUCAGCAACAGGAGUCACUGAGCAGCAGCUGGCUCCAGCCCGUUCCUGUGAGAGCGGCUUGUUGGUGCGGUGCCCCGGGAGGUGGCUGUCCCCGUGUGCCCGGCGGGCAGUGCUGCUGGGACCCCCGCCCAAACCCCUGAGCAGCGGCGUUUCCUGAUGUGCUCAGACACUUCCCUGGCGUGGUGCGGAGUGAGCACCCGUUACGUCCAGCUGUGGUACUUGGCCAAGGCAAGUGUUGUCCUGUCUUCUCUGCCUUUUCUGAGCGAGGGUCGGAGGGGCCGUUCCCUGGAGCCGUGCCGGGGUUGCUGCCCUGCUCCUCCCUGGCACGCUCCUCGCGUUCCCCAUGGUCUGCCCCCUGCGUGUCUCUUACGGCCGCGGUCCCGUCCCCCUCUGGGUGUUGGUCUGUCAGGGCUGAAGCACUACAUCUAGCGACAUCCUUGUUUACAUGCCCUUCUCCAAGGGGAGAUUCCUCAAGCUCUUUAGGAUUCCUCUCUGAAGGUGGAUUCCUCAAGCCCUUUUGUAUACUCAUGGUGUCAUUUUUUUUAAUUUCAUGAGGUUUUAUUACUGCUCUGCAUAUCCUUUCUGUACAGCAGCAGCCUGUCGUGUGGCUCGUGGCAUGCAGCAGCUGGCAGUGUGCUGUGCACGCUUGUCUCUUGGUGAGGUCUUUGCCUGCUGCCCAGUCUCGUCCAGUGAAGCUCCCGGGCUCAGCCUGCAGACCCCUGCUCGCUCGUCUCUCCCGUCACUGUGGCAGUGCCCUCAGACGAGCAGUUGCUUGCAGCUGGCCUGUCCCAGCUCCGCUCCUAGCCGCCGUUGCUGCUCCUUGGGUUUGUUCUCAGCUCACCACUUACAGCUUUGGAGAGAAGCGUGCCUCAGGGCAGCUGCCGCCUGCUGCAAAGCUGGGCUGCGGAGCUGAGCCGGGGAGCCGCAGGGCUCUGUGGCUGCAGCACAGCCCUCGACCUGUCCUGGCUGAGCCCUUAGGACCUGCCUCCUGCAUCCCAGAGGCAAUGCCAGUGGCCUUCAUGUUUUUACGGUCUGUUGGACUCUGUGCUGUGCCCUGGACUAUAUUUUUAAGCCUGAACGUGACCAUCUUCCUGAUCCGUUUCUUCUCCCAUGCGUUGUCACCUUCUCGUUUAAUACAGCAACAAGGAGUGAAGGUGGUAUUGCUUGCUUCUUACAUGUGUAACUUGGGUUAUUCUCGGGUUAUUUUUUGUUAUACCCAGCAGAGCAGAGGAGACUUGCUUCACAUUUUGGUACUUAAAUUUCUCCCUGAAAUGCCAAUAUUGAAGUACUUGUUUAAGAUUUGAUCUGCAUUAAGAUCUUGCACCGUGUUGGCUCUUCUCUUGUAACAACUCUUCUAGCACGAAUGUAAUUCCGGUAGCUGUUGCUAACUUGGUUUGACAUCCUUUUAAUAGACAGAACCUAGUUCUCUGCGUUUCACCACGGGACGUUUGUGAAAGGCUAUUUUUAUCAAAUGACACUUUCUUUUCAUGUCAUCCAUCAUUCACUGGAAAAGUUCCAACUGGAAGAUGGUGUAUGGUUUCUGAGGUGUUUUUUGCUAAUGUUUUGCAUGUCUGUGCUGAAGGAAACUUGAAGCCAUGUCCAAGCUGGCGUUUCAGCCGAAUGCCAGUUCAGAAUGUUUGUAUUUGGGGCAGGAGAGUGGUCAUUAGAGCUGCCGUUAGGAUACAAUGGGAACGAGAGGUCUUGGUGCCAAGCGUUCCCGUAGCUGAGGUUAAAAGCAGUCAAAGCUCUGCAUUCCCAAGAUAAGUUACGUAGCCCUUCCUUCUGUGCUUUCUGUAAUUUCUGAUGGAAACUGCUGCCAGCUCCAGCACUGUCCGCUCUGUGUACGCUGCCAAUUUGGUUUUCUACCCGGCCCUCUGGAAAACAGCAGCUCUGGUGCUCAGACGCCUCGCCCCAUGGAUGAGCGUGGGGUGGGCUGAGGAGCUGGCCCUGCCAGCGCCCCGUUCUUCCCAUUGAGCUGGUGUCGCAGAGUGACUGAGAGCUGCUGCUCUUCUCCGGGGGGCUGCCAGCACGUGGCAUCUUCUGGCUCAGGAGGGUUUGACUUCGGGUGUCCUCAAGCAAAACGCUUCGACUCGCAAGGGUGCACUGAUGUUGUUGAGUGUAAGACACGUCGGGCAAAACGUGGAAGGCAGGGCUGUAGGGACCUGUAGAGUGCGGUCCCUACUCCUGUGGCUGUGUCGAUUCUGUAACAAAGCAGUUUGGAAAGUAGCUGCCUGCUGCCUCUCUGCGUCCUCUGCUCUCUGGUCUCAGAUUUCCAGCAGUCUGUGGAUUUCUUUGCAUAGGAGAGGGCUAAAGGAUGCAGGCCCAGGAUCAGCAGUGUCCGUGAUGGGUAUAAAUCCAGGUCUGAUCACCGCUAAAACCCUGGCUUCACCAGUGCUGUAGAGUAAAUCUUUCUAAAACUGAUGGUGGGCUCCUGCAGGCCUUAUUUAAAGUGACUUGAGGAAAACCAUCAGGAUCCUCGCUUUAAGCAGACUUGUUUCUUAGCCCUUUCCUGCAGAGGAAUCCCGGUCUGUGUGCACCACGCUGUCCCGAUGUGGAUGUGGCCCAGCUCGAGGGGUGCUCCAGGGAGGGACCUUCCCAGCACAGGCUGGGGGCUGUAGGACAGCAGGGGGCUUGUGCCUGCUCCACGGCAGCCGCUAGUGCCCGGCCACCCUUUUCCUGAAAGUUCGGGCCCUGGAAGGCUUUGUGAUGUGCUUCUAGCCGAGGUCGGAUGGAAUUCACCUGGAAUUCACCUGCUGGGGUCUGCCCGUGCCCCUCAUCACGUCCCUGGUCCGAGGCUUGUGCCAGGGGCAGCCCUCAGGGCCCGGGAGAGCAGCGCCCUCAUUGCAGUGCCAGGUUCCUGCUGGGGUCACCUACAGAAAUUAUUUUUACCCUUUUUGGGCUUUGUCUUUUGGAUAGUGUUUAGUAGUGUACAACUUAUAAGCACAUUUUCAACGAUGUGUAUUCAAGAGGCACCUCUUAUUUGUAUUAAUCACAUUUGAUAGAAGAUCUGGUGCCUGCAGUUCUCAGUAACUCGUGUCUCACUUUGGAUGUAUAAAUUGUAACCCUCUCCAACUUACCAGAUAUGGCUAAAAAAAAUAAAAAAUAAAAACGCUUAGGAUAGAAAAUUAGCAGCUUAAUUACAGUACACUUACUGCAAGUGCCCUCAUCCUUCUUAGCUGCAGAGUUGUUUGCUUUCCAAAGCUGAAACUUGAGCAUGAUCAACCAUUUUUUCUACGUAAUAAAGGCAGUUUUGCAUGGCAGUUCUCUUGCUGUACUCAAAUGCAUGCACUUAUUAACUAUGCAAGCAUCUAAUACAAACCAUAGACCGUGCUUUCAGUAUCCAGAGCUGCUCCCUCGGUGCCGGAGCACUGCUUUGACUCUGUACUUCUGUUUCUUGGUGCAGCUAUGUGUCAGCACACAGGAGCAUGUACCUGGUUUCCUGCUUUAUUUGCACAUCUUUGAUUCUUUUCUUUGCAGAAUUUGGGAUUACUGACAAGGCUGGAGUGUAGCAUAACGUCAAAGGAAUUUGAAAUGUUGAAAUGAGAACAAACUGGUUUUCUGUAUUGUAUUGUUUUCUCUCUUUUUUUCUUUUUUAAAAAAACAGGAAAAACCCGAUCAGUGUUCGUAUGUAGCCUGCCACUUUGUGUACCUGUACUGACACACUCUGCGCUGUGGGAAGAGGCUGUGCCCGUGGUGGUGCUCGGGGGACAGCCCCCAGCAGCCGCCCCCCGGGCCAGCCCCAGUGCCACGGCUGGGGGCUGCCCUGAGCCGUGCCCGGGGCUCCGCUGCCUGGGGAGGGUGGGGAGCGACAUUCCGAGUGGUUUUGCUGUCAUCUUUCUUUCUAUCUUCGUCAUUGCCUUCUGAUCCAAAAUAAUUUGGCGGCAUCUGAUGUUAUCUGUGGAGGGAACUGAAAUUUAGUUUUAAUCUGUGGUGAGAUGAAAGUACUAUGCGGUUUCCUUAAUAAAAGCACCAUGAAGCAUUUCCUAUCAGGAGCUUUAUUUUGUAAAAAUAAGGGUAUGUGAAGACUUGUAUGUUAUCUAUAUUAGGUUUAAAGGUUUAGGAAGUCUUCUAUUUUUUUUAAAGGCGAUAGCACUCAAUUUAUCUGCAAAUAGUGUUUUUUAAAAGACACAGAUUAAAACUAAGUGUAAACACAAAUUGUUUCGCUCUAGGCCCUGCAGCACAAACGCGCUGCAAGAAAGUUAGCGUUAGGUUUGUAUGGCAUUUGUGCAGUGCAAUAAGAAAACAUUUUUAGGUGCUACAUUGCCUUGGGUAGGGUGACACAAGGGAAUACAGGCUACGAGUGGCUACAUUAUUUUCUUGUGGCCUUCCAAGUAUUAAUUUGUACAGAUUUGCUCACCAACUGUGCCUCACCAUUGGUUAAAAUUGAAUUUUAAGUCCUGUUACAAAUGUAGUUUCUCUUCUGGACACAAUGUCAGAUUUUACACUGGAAUAUCUACAGUUCUGAAAACUGCAUGUCACAUCACUGUACGCCGAUACUGGGACGUGGGGCUUGCCCACACCUUUGAUAUUCUCUUCUGUAUUUUAAUGUUUUUGAACUGUACAGUAAUCUGGAGAGCAGGCUGUCUUUACUUGGGGUUGAACAUUGUACCAUAAAUUUUAAAUUAUUUGAGGACAAGUGCAUGAGACUGUGUCAAUGCCUUUUAUUAUUUAUUUGUAUGUUUUAUUAUUCAAGGUGUAUGCACUUUUAAUACGCAGAAUUUAUAUUUUUAUGUUAAAAAUCAUUUUCUUUCAGAAAGAAGAGUUUGAAUAUGAGGAAUUGGGAUUCAGUGGAAAAAGGGGAAUAUGUAAUAAAAUACAAUAAAUUUAUUACUAGGCA